AACCUCCAAGAAAACCCCGCCAAGGCCUUCCUAGUCUCACUCUACCUCUCCUCCCUCCGCCGUAACAUCCCCAAAGAACUACACCCAUUUUACCUACUCUCCCGACAAAAUAUGGAGUAUUUACGUGAACCAUUGGGGAUGAAUAACAAACACAUUGGUUUUGUUUAUCUUGUGGAUGAGAAUUUGAAGGUUAGGUGGGCGGGGGGUGGGUUGGCGGUUCCUCAGGAGAGUGAGUCGUUGAUGAGGUGUACGAAGGUGUUGCUUGAGAGGAUGGAGAAGACAGCCGGGAGUAAAUAA